GCACAUGUAUUUUGUUYUUGAUGGAGAUAUCUUUUGUGUACCGAAACUAUUUGUUCACGGAAUUCUUUGCUUCAGGUAUUUUUUGGUUGACCCCUAUUAUUUUUUCAAAAGAUAGCAGCAUACAUAGGGUUCUUUCCUUUGGCCUUUGUCGAAGCAUUAUUUUGUUUCGUUGUUGAUUCCGAUAUCACUUUCUUCAAUUUGUACGAUUUGACCAGCACGUUCUUGACGUCUGUCAUCUGCGGCCGACUCUUGAUAUUUGUUCCACCUCUCUCGUUUUCCUUCCCUCCRUUUGCUGCGCUGCCGCUGCGCAUGCUUCGGCUUGAAUCUGCAUCGGUCUCGCUGUCAUCAAAAGAUGCAGCCGAUAAUUUCUCAUACACCUCAGAAGGAUCCAUAGGGGCCUUUGUAUUCGUGAUCGACAGUCUUUUGAACUUACGGCGAGAGAUAUCACGGACGACGAUCGGUCCUUCAAGCAAGCCACCUUCGACAGAGAGAUAUCUUUCCUUUGGUUUGUAUUUCCCAGUGACACAUUUYACUGUCUCCUCGUGGUUUUCCAUUAGGAUUUUGGCAACCUUCUUGGUCCUCUCCGCCAUGAGGGUUCCCGCCGCAAUGUCAGCUGCGCUUACGGUAACUCCCUUGACCACGAUGCCACGAACCAGCGGUGCCAGAGCUGCAGAAGGGCCGGUCAUCGUUCCAGCGGAAGCUGCUGAUAUGAGGCAGCCCGCUGCGAAUGCGGCGGGUACGGCUGAAACCUUCAAGACGUUCCUGAUACURUCGCCCUUUGUCGGAAGUGAUCUUUCGUCUCCGAUCAUAGCGUGAACCUUGUAAGAGAAUUUCAGGCUCCCGCCUCCGGUUUGUUUGCGGGUCAUAUUAACGGCUUCUCCGGGAUGGAGAGUACAUUUGUUGAAGAAUUUCCCUCGUUCAAGAAAUACGACGAUCUGGUACUUUGUGUUGUUCACGAUCGUCGGUGAGUUUGGGGGGGAUCGAUCCAUGGGCUUGGCUACCAGGGAAUUUCUGCUUUCGUUUUGGUUUGACGACACCAAAGUCAUCUUUGAUUUCGAUUUUGCCAUUGUAAUUUUAGCGGUAUUGAGUGGUAUGCCCGGACCUGUUUUCCUUCCGUUAUCAAGAACGUUUGGGUUUUUCUUACAACAUUUUUGUGGCGGGGUCAAUACCAWAGGCGUUUUUUCAAUUCGACUUCGUUAUCGUGUCGUAAUCCAACAGACCUAUCGUACAUUUCAUGCCCUCUGUGCACUUAUGUAGUUUCAGCGAAAUAGGUUAGUCGUGUUUUAGCGACGCGAUAGAUUUACCUUCCGGAUAUUUCACGGUAGACAAACAGACUUCACGUAAGAACCAAAGCAGCUAGAAACCCACAGUACGUACGUAGUACUCGUAGUACUGCUACGUACCUUGGAUCGGGAUGUUCCGAAGCGAAGUACAGGUAGGAGUACGUGUACCGUUAGCCAGUACGAGACCUUUCAACAAAACGACUGCGCACGGUAGGUGGCUUCUUACAGAAAAUGACUCGGAACUCGGAAGCUCUGCASCGUACUCGUACUCGUAGCAGUACCCUAUUACAGUACGAGUUACUGUACAGAAUUUACUUACUCUUACUGUACUACGGUACGAAUGGUAUGUAUUGGUACUAGUACAGAAAAAAAAGAAAAAAUACUCCUCGAAUCUUCUGAGCGUUUUCAUCGUAUCUUUUUGUAUCGUACCGUACGGUACGGUAAAGUCCAUCAACGGUAUCCCAGGGGUCGUUUAUGUACUCUUGAAAUGCUGAGGACUGGAGGGCACAACAUUUACCACUGCUGUAUCGUAAUGUCAUCCGGUAUCGUAUGUGCGAUGAGCUGCAACAAGUUACCAAUACAAAGAAAGUUCAAACGGCCCGGUCAAGAAAGCUCAGAGAUGCGAUGGAUUGAGUCAAGAUGCUAUGACACACCUAGAAGUAUUUUGGACGAGGUCAGAUAGAGCAAAACUAAAAUAUUCUAUAGRUUUUAAAUGGGUCUAUUGCAAAAACUCCAAAGGUUUACCACCAUAUGGAUACAAUACUAAGAGCUCAUGCGUCCUAUCUGCCCUACUACAUUACAGCAAUAGCUUUCUCAUUGAUUCCAACUUUCCUCAGUUGGUUGAGCAUUUCUUCUUGUGUUCUGCCAACAMCUGCAACAAACUGAUCCGGACGGACCAACAAUAUUUGUUGUGCCGUGAGCGCUUUCUCRGUAAUCUUUGGAACCGAAACCUGUUCCUCGCUCUUUGCGGGAACAAGAAAAACAACUUUUGUUCCGAUGACAUUCGGUGAACGUGAUGAUAAGGAUUCAUGAGGGUUCAAAAAAACCCAUGUGUGUUGAACUCGGUCUAUGUGCGAAUGAAGAUUGGAACCAUCCUCCAAUCGAAUGUUUGGAACGCGCUGUCCAGGGGAAACGAUGCAUGGUUUUUUCAUAUUUCCAUCAAAGAUAAUGGAAGACGAACUUGGAGCGUACGCCGUUUCAAGCUGCCCCACCUUCCGAAAAUUGUGAUUCGCUCUCGUAGAGCGCAAACCAAUGCGCAUAAGUACCCCGCGAAGAAAUUGCACAAAUCUGCUCUUGGCAUUCAUAAGUUUGGUUGCCAUCUCGACCGAUCGGAUCACGUUUUGACCCAGUGCGUGGCGCUCCGAAUGGUAUGAUUCGAGAAUUGUAUCUACCGUAGAAGUGGUUUCGUCUUCCUCUUCCUCGUUGGAUACAGCAUCUAGAAAGCGUUUCGCCCACGCCAGCUUCCACAACAAAUUGUUGGCAUCCUGGAUACCAAGAUUCAUACCCUGUCCUCCAAUAGGACUGUGCACGUGGGAUGCAUCACCGGCAAGCAUAACAUUUCUAUUUCGAUAGGAAUCGGAAGCACCAUGAGUUACAUGAAAGAUGUUUUGCCAUUUUCCAAGUUCUACAUGGAACUUCCUCCCCGUUCGGUCGWAUAACAGUUCUUCAAAGAAUGUCGCAUUCAGCUCUAUCUGAUCUGCACUCGUUACUCCCACGGGAGCCUUCCCAACGAAACGGUAGGAAUUCCUUGUCGGUAGUGGCAACAAAGCGAUCAGGCCCUUCCCGGUUGGAAAUACAUGGCCUCCCCUGCCCGAUAGUUGAUCUUCAAGAGGUAGAUCACCUUUCAAGACUAAAUCUGCAACGACAAAAUACAAAUCAGAUUGGAGACGAUUCAUCUUGAUUCCAACCAAAUCACGGGUUUUGGAGCGUCCGCCAUCAGCACCCAAAACCCACGUUGAAGUCACUAUYUCUGUGGUGUCUCCAUUCGAAUUGCGAAGAAUCGAAGUGACUAAGUUGCCUUCUUGUGACAAAUUUUCAAGUGAAACACCAUAAUCUACUUGCCCUCCACAUGCAUUUAGGGUUUCCUCCAGUAUGCGUUCAGUUUCGUAUUGUGGUAGAAAGUACAAGCUGGGAUAAUUUGUAUCACCCCAUAUGGUUCGUUUCACAUUAGCAUUCAAACAAUCAAAACAAUCAUCACUGUCGUCAUUCAUAUGAUACCAUUUCUCGAGGUAAAUUUUAAUUCCCUCAAGAUUGAAAGCGGCAUUCUCGAUUUUUUCGGUAACAGCUCCAUCUUGAAUUGGUUCUAGUAAUUCCAUAACACGAGGGUGUACUACUAGGGCACGGCUGUCAUGACUCGAUCUCUUCUUCUUGCGGUCUAUUAUCCGAGCUGAUAGGCCYAGCCGCCUUGCUUCCAAUGCCGCCGUGAGUCCAACUCUGAAAAAA